GCCAGGACCUCGACAUCGUAGAAAGAGCCGAAUAGAUUCCCCAGAGAUGGAGGUAGUCAGCCAGAAAAAAGUGAUGUUAAAUAAUGGUGUCGAAAUGCCACUUGUUGGAUUUGGUACUUUUCGAAUACGUUCUGCUGAAGUCAUAAUGAGUGUAGUUGAGAGUGCUCUUGCGGCUGGUUACAGACUUUUUGACACAGCUACAGUAUAUGGCAAUGAGAAACACCUAGGAGAUGCUCUUCGGUUGCUGCUGCCAAAAUUUGGCUUGACACGCCAAGAUAUUUUUAUAACUACCAAGCUAUCACCAAGAGAUGCUCACACUAAAGAAAUUAUCAAGGAAGCUUGCCGUAAGUCCCUAGCCACUUUAGGAUUUGAAACAAUUGACUUGUAUUUGAUUCACUUUCCGGGCAUGGCGAAUUUGAGUUCAGCUGAUACUCAGAACAUAAAAUUACGCUCUCAAGCUUGGGAAGCUCUGGUCGAAUGCUACAACGAAGGACUAGUUAGAUCCAUAGGUGUCUCAAAUUACACUAUUAGACAUCUCCAGGAAUUAGAAGUCCGUAAUUUUGGAGUGGUCCCUGUCGUAAAUCAGGUCGAGUGUCAUCCAUAUUUUCCACAAAAAGAUCUGCUACAAUAUUGCCAAGGAAGUGGCAUCGCGCUACAAGCUUAUUGCUCGCUUGGAGGCACUUCCUCAGGUACAGCUACCCUACUCCAUGAUCCUGUGGUUAUCAAUGCUGCACAACAACUAGGCGUCAGUAGCGGGCAACUCCUGUUAGCCUGGGCCACGCAGCAACGAAUAAGCGUCAUUCCAAAAUCAACUCACGCGGAACGCAUCAAAGAGAAUAUAUCUCUUAAUUUUAAAAUACCCGAUGAAUAUAUGAAAGCCUUAGAUAAACUUGGGACCAAAAACACAAAAUAUGCUUGGGAUCCAUCAACUGUCGCUUAACUUAUCAAUCAGCAAAUCGCUAGAU